ACUUCUGUCCAUAUAAUGAAUUUAAUUUACCUCCCCUGCUCUGAUGCAUUUGUUUGGAAGGAGAGUGCGGCCAGCCAACGAGACCGUGAAGAAAGGCUGCGGAUCGUGAAAGAAAGGCAGAAUGAAGAACGACAAAAGAAACUUGAAGAACUCAAGCAGCAGGCUCUGGCCGCCCAGAAGUUCCGGGAGCAGAAGGAGGAGGAGAGGCGGCGACGGAUGGAAGAGCUGCGACUGCGGGACUCUGACCGGCGGUUGCAGGUUGAGGAGCGAAAACGCCAAAUCUGGGAGGCAGAGCGGGAUCGGCGUGAGGCAAUCCUAAGAAAAAACCAAGAGCGUGAAGCGAGGAUAGAAACCAAAAGGAGAAAUGAACGUAGUUCUAUUGUGUUUGCAUUUGGCAGUUCUACACCGAGGAUGCUGGAACCUGCAGAUACUGGUGGAUCGUACUGGGCAACUAGAAGGGCAACAUCAACCAGUAACGUGAUGAUGCUGUCCAUGUCAGCUGCCCCAGGACCUCUGACAAGGCGCAGUUCAGAGCGAGAACUUGAUGGAAGCAAGAAACGUGCUACAUCCGCUGGAGGCAUCAACCGGACUAAGCAGCCAGAUGGACGCACCAGUAUAUAUGAUGUAUUUCAGUGGGACAGCACUGUAGCAGGGGGGUCCACCCCUCUGUCCCCUGUUGUCCCCCCCUCCUUAUCCCUCGGCGGGGAUGAAGGUGAUGGGGAGGAGAGUGGAACAGUCACACCAGUACCGACCGCCGGAACACCGUCCAGCCGUGCUGCCCGGCGCAAGACUGACCUAGUACCCACGCUGCCAUCUCCGCGUGACCUCACCCCCCGCCCUAUGCGCUCCCCAGGUAGAGCUUACUCCAUGUCGCGUCUAGACGUACUGGCUCAGCCACGCAAACCCCGUGCUCCCGUGGUGGAGGAGCCGCGUGACCCCUCACUGUCCCGCAGUAUGACGCAUCUGGCCGCUAGGCCACUGCGUCGGGUCGACAUGUCCCGCAGCUUGGUGCACCUAUCAGGGCAGCCUGUACCUCCACCACGCGCCACUCGUGCCGAGCGGCUGCGGCGCAAGGCUGCAGCAGUGCGCGCCGAGUCGGUGCCCACCUCACCAGGGCUGCGGUCAGGUGAGGUGACACCGUCUCGGCCACAGAGCUCACUCAGCCAGCACAGUGUGAGUGUGUGUAGUGGGGCGGCCAUGUCCAGCAGUGUACACGCCGCCUUCAAGCCCCGGGCCGCCCCCCGUCGUCCCCGCCCCUACAGCAUCGCAGUCACCGGUGUCUCCUCGGAGAGUAGCGCCGCCACUACACCCACUAGACACAGUUUAAGUGCCGAGCACCGUAAUGCCAAAUCUCCGGCUACAGCUCCGGACAAAGACAAACCACCUCUGCCUAAAGUUCAUGCUACAAAGAAACCGGCCACUCCUAAACCAGAAGCACCCAAGAAGCCAACAGACAAGAUUAAAUCAUCAAAGAGUUCCGCAAGCCCGACACCGAAAGCCACACCGUUACAAUCGCCUGGGCCAGAGUCUACGAUUGUGUCAGAGACUGUGGUGACCACCUCAGAAUCGGAGACUGCAGGAAGCACUGUCACGUCAGAAACAACAGUGAGCACCUCGGUCGUAGAGACUGUCAACUCAGACAGUGGCGAGAGUGUAACUGUCACUACGGAGUCGACAGUGGGUGUGACAGUGGUGGAGACAAGUGUGCCCCAGCCCACCCCCACCAGUGCCCCACCACAGACUCAAGAAGUGGAGGCUCCUGUCGCCCAACUGGACACAAUACCCCAGGAGCCUGCUACCGACUUGGCCGAGUGUGACAUGACAGCCUCAAUGUUAGCUAAGACCAGAAUCACAACGGAGGAGGAGGCUAAGGCUGCUCUGGCCGAGAGGCGGAGGUUAGCCCGAGAGCAGGCAGAGAGAGAGGCAGAACUCGAAAGACAAAGACUUGAGGCUGAAAGAUUAGCAGAAGAACAGCGACUGAGGGAAGAAGAAGAGGAACAGAAGAGGAUGGAGGAGGAGCAGCUCAGGCUGCUAGAAGAGGCGAGACAGGCAGAGCAGGAACGGCUGAGACAGGCGAUUGAGGAAGCACAAAAAAGAGAAGAAGAAGAAAGGCUGCAACGAGAAGAAGAAGCAAGGCAAAAGGUUGAAAAAGAAGAGGCGGAAAGGAAAGCGAGAGAAGAAGCAGAAAAGCAACGACAAGAAAUGGAGAUUAGAUUAAAGAAAGAGGAAGAAGACAGGUUAGCGAGACGCAAGAGAGUAGAAGCAAUCAUGUCACGUACAAGGGGCAAGGGCUCUACGCCUAAUAGUACACCAUCUAAGGAAGAUGGAGAUGACAGUCCGGGAGAGGAGGGGAGCAGACCAGAGCCCCGGAGGCUCACGGACCAGGAGCAGUUCCUACAUUCUGAGCGGAGCCACUCAGCCGCCAACACCACCACUGCCCGCCAGAACGGCCAUCAGAACGGUGUUGACAAUGUAGUGGAGCAGAAGAAUGUAACUAACAACUUGCUGGACCUGAGUAUAGAGAGUGUUGGGGUGACUGAGACACAGAUCCUGGCUCCCACCACCACUACGCCGACCAACGGCAAGCUGGUGAAUGAGGACAAUGUUAACUUCAACACAGGACCUCCCACCAACCCCUUCAUCCCCUACCAGGACAACAAGAAACAGGACACUGUCAACGAUUUACUAUCAUAAGCUAGGCUGUCGUCAUUGGAAAUGAACUAUUUAUGUAGAAAAUAAUUUAAUGAUUACGUGCUGUAUUAUCUAUAAAGUGAUUUUAUUAUCGCGAAGGUUUGAAUGGAACUUGUACAUACGAAACUUUGGGUUGCGAACUAACGAUUGACAUAACUGGUUUGAAAAUACUGUAUUGUCUAUGUUACGUGUUAUCUAUUGUGUAAGAAAACAGUUUUUGAUGAUGGUUUUAUGCUGUAUGUUUAUAUCUAUCAAUGAGAUGGUUCAUAUUUGUAUUUUUGUAGAUUCUUUGCUUACUGUUAACGAUUUCUGUUUGGUUGUACAAAAAUUUGUUAUAACGAUAAUGGUAUUUAAAAAAUUAUAUUCAGUUAACUCAAUUUCUGUUAUCAGUUGCUUUGAAUAUAGUUAAACUUAUAGAAUUGAGUCCUCGAUAAACUGCGGUAUUGCGAUAUAAAAUGCUACUAUUAUGAUAUCAAUGUGCUCGAAGAUUUGUCGUCAACUGUAAAUAUAUUCCCACAUUUUGGUCCUACUUUAUAUCUCUCAGCGACUUAGGUGACCGAUGUAUAAACUGAUUAACGCUGUUUUCCGAUCAUUAUUUUUGUUACUGUAGAUCCCUCGCUUAAACUUUACAUGAAUGUUAUAAAAUAUUGGUGCACCUGCAUUUCGCAGUAGUACGAUGAUAUAAAAGGGAGUCGUUGUUAGCUAGUGUGAGCCAAAACAGCCUGCGUGCUGUUUACUGUUAUUAUUCCGACUAACAAUAAGUUUUAUAAAAGAAAACUAUUGUAUAUUUGUUUUUAUAGAUUAUUUAUCAUCUGAAAAGAGUGCUGUUCACAUUAUACUGUAUAUCGAGUUUGUUCUAACAUAAAAUGAAAUAAAACAAGUUUAUCCAGUAUUUGUGCAAUCAUCUCGAUCUCCCGAGAAUCAGCAAAGGCAAUAUUUAUCAGUAGUUCCAAACAUAAUAUUGUACAUCAAUAAUUGACUGUAUUGCUUUAACUACUCUUAAUUUAGAAUUAACGUGUAAUGUAAUUAUUAAUAUAUUUAGAUUAAUUAUGGCCUUAAAUGUUUUUAUCUAUUUAUUUUUGAUCGAUGAUGCAACCGCUGUUUUAAAUAUUACUAUUUUUACUACAGUCACUUUGAAAAAGUUAGAUGGAAUAUAUAAUAAUGUGAUGAAAGUUGUAGAGAAUGUGGGGGAGCACUUGCCUAGUCAGAGAGUGGAUGUAGCUGUAUAUAUUGGUACUGUACCCUCACCUUGCGUACGCGUAGAGAUCGUACAAGUGCUCACCUCAGCUGUAUGUAACCUGGACUAACCAUUAAAUACAUCAAUCAACUUAU